AUGAAUAUUGAGAUUGAGAAUAGAGAGCUGAGAAGGCAGAUGCAGAAAAAAGACUAUGAGCUAGAAAGACUUAACGGAUAACUAAAUGAUUUAUAAGAGAAAUUAGAUAAGCUUACCAUUACUUUCAAAGACCAAAUCAAGGAAUAAAUCAAGAAUCUCAAUGAACAUUAUGAUAUUGAGAAGAAUAAGUUGAAAACAUAGAUAUCUGAUUAAAUAAGAGCAAAUUAACAACUUAGAGAAAGUUAAAAUACUGAUUAGUAUAGACUAAAUCAAACAAUUGAUGAUCUUAAUAAACAACUAACUAUAUAGUAGCAAACUAUAUAAUCAAAGUAGCAGAUAAUAAGUAAUCUAGAAUAAAAAGCAAAUGCCUAAGAUGAGAGAAUAAAGAGUCUUAAUAAUGACAAAAUAAAUCUACUUGAGAAAUAUAACAAAUUUUGUGAUAAAAACUCUGAUUUAGAGAAGAAAACUGCUAAAUAACUUGAGCUUAUUGAAUCAUUGUAGUCUAAAUUAGAUAAACUACCAAUUAAAGAUCAAUAAAUUUAGUCCAUUCAAAAAUCCUACAAAACUGAAGAUGCUCAAACUGAACCACUUGCAUUGGAUGAAGAGGUCAAGCUGCUUUAGAGAAAUCUCCAAGACCAAGAUGUGGAGAACAUUUCACUUCAACUUAAAAUAAAUGAAAAAAAUGGGCUUAUUUAUGCAGUCAAAUCACAUAAUAUGGCUUUGAUGGAGAGAUUAGAUCAGCUUGCUUUAAGAAUUGAGUAGAUGACUCAUACAACUUUGCUAGCUGAAAAGACUAAGAAUGAAUUCUAUGGUCUUUGCUAGGAAUAUCUCGACAAGAAAAAGGUAAUAGUAUAGGAUAAUACUAAUCUACAUGCCAAUAUAAAAUAAUAUAAGAAAGAGAUUAAGAUUAAAUCUCGUCACAUACAUUAACUAAACUCAAACAUUGAAGAUCUUAGAAAGAUUAUCCGAGAUAUAAUGAAUGAGUUGGAUAUAGAAUAUCAUAACAGAGAGACAAUUAAAGCCUAAAAAGAUGAAUACAAAAAUAAAGUCAAACUUGCUAAUUAGAGAAUCAGAUCACUAGCUUUAAUGAUGGAUGACGUUGCUAUCAAAGUGAUAGACAAAUUAUUUAACAGUGAAUUAGGGAAUUAAAUGAAAAGUUUGGAGGCUGUUGAGAGUUAGGUACAGAUUCUCAAUGAGAAAAUAAAGAUUAAAGAGGGGGAAUUCAAGUCUGAAUUAGCAUAUGCCAAAAAAUUUAUAGAUUACUAUAAUGAUUGA